GUUUAGCUCUCACACACAGACACACACACCAAAGAAAGCAAACAACCCUCAUGAAGGCAGUUAGGCAGAGCAAUGGUGGCAGGACCAAUGAAACCUCACUCUAAAUUGGUUGAAUGGAUUUUAUGUGUGAGGAGGCAGAGCACAGGCUCAUCAGAUGAGGCCAGAUGAUCAUGAAAUGGACUUUAUGCCUACAUGAUUUUAGGGGUAUACAAAGUUCAGGGCCUUUUUUCAGCUGGAACUUGCCGGAACUCAGUUCUGGCCCCUCUCAGGUGGGUGCCAUUGCCAUUAUAACAGGACCAGGGAAGGGUUCAUAGUGAGUUCCAGCACCUCUUUUUCUUAAAAAAAAAAUAGCACUGACAAAGUUGAUAUCUAAGCUUGGAGCUUAUUUAUCUGUACAAAAUAUUUCUAUACCACGAUAAGUUGCAGGAGUUCAGCUGGGAGCCAGUUGUGGGGGCGCCUGGUUGUGCCCCUCUCAGGAUUUUGCACCCAGGGCCACCGCCCCCCCCCCCAUCUACGCCACUGCACACAGUUUUCCAACGUCUGUGAAUUAAAUGCAUUAACAUUAACCUGAGACAUUUGCAGUCCAGUUGUCCUAUAGUAGCAUAUAUAACUGAUUUAUGUAAUUGAUCAACUUUUUGUAAUUCAUAUUUCUUGGGCAUAGCUGAAUCCAGUUUAAUAAACUGGAAUAUUUAUGUUCUAUAUAUAUCUGAUGUAAAACUAUAGGGAAGUUAUUUUUGCAAAUUAUAUUUCUAGUUGCUUAAACAAAAAACCACAAACCUGCAUAUGGUUCAGUCAUUUGAAGAACUGUUGCCUCUUGUAGACUGAGGGGUUUCAGUUUUGUAUGCAGGAGAUGUUACUACUGCAUGAUAAAUGGAAAGCAAACCCAACCAGGAUCUUGUCCUGCCGGUAGUGACACCUAAUGGUAGUCUCACAUUUUGCGGGAUCUUGAGCAACAUGCUAAGCGUGCUUCUUUGUGGUAGAGAAAGUCAGAGCAGAACAUGGAUGUCAUUAAAAGCACAGUGUGUACAUAAUGUUAGGCACAGAAUUCCACUUCCUGAGAAUCCUGCCACGGUGACUGGGGAGAUGAGCAGCGUUUCUCAUCAUUCCUGUCAUGAGACCUUUUGCAAGGAAAGUGCCUUUUGCAAGGAAACUGUAGCGUGCACCCUUAUAAUUUUAUUAAUCAUGGUGUCCCUUAUGUCUCCCACAGGUUCAGAUGGCCCAAGCCAGCCUCCCAAUGGUCCCCUCUUUUUCCACCCUUACCUCAAAGGCUCCCAGGUAAUUAUGGACGAGUCCCACUGCAUAGCGAGCAGAACAGCCACAUUUUGCAACGGCAUUGUCUUCUCCAGCCGGCCUAUUGAACUUUAUGAGAAGGUGACUUUGAAAAUCUUAAAGGAAGAAAGCAGGUGGACUGGGGGCCUAAGGGUGGGCUUCACUUGGCAGGAUCCCUCCCUCCUGGAGCCCAGUGUGCUGCCUCCCUAUAUUUGCCCAGACCUGGUAAACCAAGGGAGGUGUCGUGCAGGUGUCUUACCGGAAGAAUGUGAAGCAGAAGGCACCAUUGUCAGCUUCUGGGUGGACAACCAAGGCUAUGUUUACUGCAGCACCAAUGAGAAGCCAGAGGGUUUCCUGGUGAUAAGUGGCGUCUUGGUCACAAGCCCUCUCUGGGCUGUUGUGGACAUCUAUGGAAGGACCAAGGCACUCCAGCUUUUGGAUCCCUCCAGCCUACCAACAAAUGCUGAUGAGCUCAGCCUUCUUCAGCAGAGUGAGUCCACCUGUGGGGAUUUCCUUGCCCUUCCUGAGGAAUGCGCUGUAUGCUUCGGGCAAAAAGCCAACACAGUGAUGCUUCCUUGCUGUCAUGCCAACUUCUGCUCCCACUGCUCACUGGAAAUUUUCCAUACCACCCGUUGCUGCCCAUUGUGCCGGCAGGAAGUAAAGAAAAUUAUUCCCAUCUCUGUUUUGGCAAAAGGAGAGAGCCCAGAAGUCUGGCUGGAAUAAGCAAAGAAUAGCCAGCCCCUGUGGUGUCAAAAGUAUGUACUAUCAAAGCUCCUGAAAUAUUUCAAAUCUUGAUGGGAACCUGCUGAGGUGGAGAAGACAAAGGCUGACUUUAAAAGAGAGAUGCACAACGAAGAGAUCACUGUGGCAGAGAAGAGGGGCUGCUGAGAUCUUUCUCUCUCACUCUCCAUAGCCCGAGAGGGAGGUGUAUAAAAAGGACUCUCCGUAAUAAGACACUUUUGCCUUUAAAAAGCAGAGAACCAUGGUGCUAGAUUUAGAACAUUGGCAUCUAAAUUCAACAGUAGGACUGAAGCGUGUUAAGGAGAAAGGGGCUUGUGGCUUGAGGGAUCAAGCAGAUGUUGAAAAUAUCCAAGGGGGAAGUGAAGACUGCACUGGGAGCAGAGUGAAGAAUACCCUUUAUUAACCACACAUUUCAGCAGUAAUUUUCUCUCCCAUGCAAUAUCAGUGUUACAGUUUAACCAACGCCAUUGUAAACUGCUUUUCAUGCACACCUCAAUCUCACAGCCAUGCAAUAUCUUUUAGGCUGUUAGAUAGGAACAAGCAGAUGACAGGUAAACCAAGGCAGGUGCAAAGUUUAUGUCCCUUGAGAGAGAGACUCUCCAAACAGGGCAAAAUGGAUGGAAUUUUCAAAGGGCAGGAGAAACACAACCCUAUCAUGAAUUGAUAGGAGUCAAAAGUGCUGGGAAGCUGGUUAGGAGAUUCCAAAAGGGGCAGGGUCACAUGGGCAGUAGGAGCAGCAUAAAGCAGCCUUCUGCCCUCCAGGUGUUUUGUAGUACAAUGCCCAUUAAGCCAAGGGGUGGCUGGGGUUGGUGAGGGUUGUAGAGUUGUCUGGAGGGCACCAGGUUGGAGAAGCCUUGCAUCAUCAGCAUCAUAAACUUUAUUGCACUAGCCAAAGGCCAUGGCAUCAUUCACAAAAGAAACAAAAACACCCAACUCUGUCAUUGAGACAACCAAUGACUCUUCUUUUGGGGAAGGUAACACAUUCCAGUAAGGCUGUUUGAUCAUGCAAGUAUCAGACAAGAACUAACAAUGUUUGAUUACCUAUCUGAAAAUACAAGAACUGCUUCCUAUCCAGGGCUAUCUGCAUCUGUUAGCUGCUAUUAUUCCGCAGGUACUACGGGUUUUCAUCAUUCCACUUUAUGUGUUUGUUUUUAUAUAUUUUUCUAUGCCUUUGUAAACUAUUUUUCUUUAUAUAAUAAAAACAUUUUCUAUAAAAU